AUCACACACUUUUCUGACCUUCCAUUUCAUCCCCGCCAAAAAUCCUUGCCCAUCAUGUUCUCUAAGACCAGCACUGUCGCUCUCGUCUCCGCCGCCGUUCUGGCCGCAUCCGCUCCCGCUGUCGUCGAUGCCAGCGCCAAGCGAGGAGUCGCCUGGCCCUACUUCUCCAAUGUGGCGCCCAGCACCGCGUUUGGCGGAGCCGUCGCUUGGCUGUACGACUACGAGACCUACCUGCCUCCCCCCGAUGGCUCUAGCUUUGCUGGCAAGGAGUUCAUCUGCAUGCAAGGCAAGCGAGGAACCGGAGCUCAAGACUCUUCUCCCAUCACCCAGCUCGCCUCUCGCUGCGCCAACCAGGGCUCUUACGUCAUGGGCUUCAACGAGCCUGACCAGCCCGAAUCCGUCGGUGGAUCUGCCAUCUCUCCUCAGGAUGCUGCACGUCUCUGGCAACAGUACAUCCAGCCCUUGAAAAACCAAGGCAAGAAGCUCGUCGCACCCUCGGUCUCCGCUGCUCAGGGAGACAACCUCGGUGAAGCAUGGCUCGACGCCUUCGUCGCUGCUUGCCAGGGCUGCACCUUCGACGCUUACGGGUGAGUCAAAAGACCAUCAUCGGGUUUCCCCAUCUCGCUUGCAAUCAUCCGCACUCACCUUUCGGCUCGCCUUGCCUUCCCACAGCUUCCACCCUUACGGUCCCAACGACGGCAUCAUCCGUCAACAAGUCGACGGCUUCACCUCCAAGUACCACCCAGUCUGGAUCGACGAGUUCGGCCAGGACCAGAAUGCCAACCAAGCCGG